UCUAGCUCCACUCGUACGCUCUUUCCGUAUUCUCUCCUUAUAUACCACACAAGGUCUCCCAUUUUUUACCCCACUCCACCAGUAUUGGCAGACUCCUACUUCAACUUCCCUUCCUCCUUACACACCACGGGAUAUCUCCUUUUCUCCUGACUCCACCUUUAUCCACUCUCCCUUCCCUCAUUAUAUAUAUAUACCACCGGCAUCUCCACUUCUCCUCACUGCUUCUCCUUCUCGAUCCCUCGCUCCACAUCUACUGCUCCUCAUUGAGUUGUAAUACCAUCCAUCCAUCCCCUCCUUCCUUGGAAACCCUAAAAACUUCCUUGUUCUCUUCGCCCCAACACAACUACUACUAGUAUCACUUCCUUUGUCCUCACUCCACCCACCCCCACCACCUUUUCUAUUCCAUGGAUCUCAUCGAUAUGCUCCUAAUUCUCGCCACCUUCCUACUAGCGGCGCUCUGGUGGCGGCGCUGCUCGCGCACCGGAGGCAGCGGUGCACCCGGGGAGCUCCCACCUGGCCCACCGGGGUGGCCGGUGGUAGGCAACCUCUUCCAGGUUAUCCUCCAGCGCCGGCCUUUCAUGUACGUGGUACGCGACCUCCGGACGCGCUACGGCCCCAUCUUCACCAUGCGCAUGGGCCAGCGCACCCUCGUCAUCAUCACCUCCGCCGAUCUCAUCCACGAAGCCCUCGUCCAGAAGGGCCCCCUCUUCGCCAGCCGCCCCGCCGACUCCCCCACUCGCCUCCUCUUCAGUGCCCGCAAGUGCACCAUCAACUCCGCCGCCUACGGCCCCCUCUGGCGCUCCCUCCGCCGCAACUUCGUCACCGAGAUCGUCACCCCCGCCCGCGUCAAGCACUUCGGAUGGAUCCGCGACUGGGCCAUCGCCAACCACCUCGCCCGCCUCCGCGCCGAGUACAACCGCACCGGCGCCGUCCAAGUGAUGAGCACUUGCCGGCUGACCAUCUGCAGCAUCCUGGCCUGCAUCUGCUUCGGUGCCAAAAUCCCCGAAGACCACGUCCGCGAGAUCGAAGCUGUUCUCAAGGAUGUCAUGAUGAUGACGACGCCCAAACUCCCGGACUUCCUCCCUAUAUUCACCCCGCUCUUCCGCGGCCAGCUAUCGGAGGCGAAGAAGCUAAGAAAGAGGCAGAUGGACUGCCUUCUCCCGCUGGUGAGGGCCCGAAGGGCUUUCGUGAAGAGCGGAGGGGAGAAGGACGUGAACUCUCCAUGGGAGAUGGUGAGCCCUGUCGGCGACGCCUACAUCGACUCGUUGUUCGGGCUGGACCCGGCCGGGAGGGGCCGACUCGGGGAGGGGGAGUUGGUGACGCUGUGCUCGGAGGUGAUGAGUGCCGGCACCGACACCAGUGCGACUGCGCUCGAGUGGGCAUUGUUGCAUCUGGUUCUCGACCAAGGUGCUCAGGAGCGGCUCUACAAGGAGAUCGUCGGAAAUGUGGGGACGGAGAAGGAGAGGAAGAUCACGGAGAGCGACGUGGAGGGGAUGGGCUACUUGCAGGCGGUGGUGAAAGAGACGCUGCGGCGGCACCCGCCGAGCCACUUCGUGCUGUCGCACGCGGCGACGAGGGAGACGGAACUGGGGGGUUACCGGAUCCCGGCGGAGGCGAGCGUGGAGUUCUACACGGCGUGGGUGGCGGAGGACCCGAGCGUGUGGGACAAGGCGGAGGAGUGGCGGCCGGAGCGGUUCGAGGAGGGUGGCGAGGGGUGGGAGACGGACGUGACGGGGACGCGAGGGGUGAGGAUGAUGCCGUUCGGGGCCGGGAGGAGGAUCUGCCCGGCGGCGACGCUGGGGUUGCUCCACGUGCAGCUGAUGCUGGCGAGGAUGGUGAGGGAGUUCCGGUGGGUGGCGCCCCCCGGGGAGCGGCCGGACCCGACGGAGACGUUUGCGUUCACCGUGGUGAUGAAGAAUUCCCUCAGGGCAGCCAUCGUGGAGAGGGGAAGUGGGGCAUGACGUUAAUAAUUACUACUGCGGGCAACGUACGUACGUACAAGUGCACUAGAAUCGGGUGGACAAUUUGAUAUCUCGUGUCUAUUAAUUAGUUUUGGCGUUAAAAUAUUUUAGUUUAUCUCACACAUCUAAUAAGUCACUCAGCUGGUGUAUUGCGUUCAUGUUGCUCCCUUUAAUUGCUUCAUUAAUUUGCCAUGUGAUCAUGGGGCAAGGUGAACGGUGCAAAAUAGUUGAGUUGAAACAUGUUCC